UAUCGGAAAAAUUAGAGUAGUCAAAGUAUAAAUCCAGCCCAAUAUUAUUUCUCUUUCUUGUUCCUUUUCUGAAUUGUUUUCUUUUGUAAAUAUAAAACAUGGCCUCCCCAGUGUGGCAGAUUCCCCACUCUUCACACUAACAUUUUUGGCAGGACUUGCCAUGAGGACUGAGGGUGUAUGAAUCCCUUCUCUGCUGUAAUAUUUUACUCACUGGGUGGAUCAGGUCAGGACUAUCUGGUUGUGAUGAACGUCCCUGCUGUGGAGCUGAGGCACAGUGAUUUACAACAUGGGAUCAUUCUGAUCCACCUGUUAUGAGGGCUGUAUUUACUGUGUAUUUUCCAAUGUGAAUUGCCUUUAACAAUUUUAGGAAAGAUACAGUCAGCUAGCUGUGGAAACCCAAGCCCCUCUCUUUUGCUGCAACACAUGGUGUUACAAACUAGUAUUCCUAACCAAUACUCUGAAGCCAUUGUUAUGUGACAUUUUGGUUGGCCCAGAUAAAGAUAUUGCCCAGCUGUGGAUUUCACAUGGAGGCAGUGGUCUCUCGUUGGCUAGAUUGGACCAGAGUUGAAGGGAGGAAAAAUCUGUCUUCGUUUUCAUACUCAGAAAAUAUGUAGUCUUGGGCAAGUUUCUUUAUUUGUACUUAAUUUCUACCUGUCUGAACUUGCCUCCCUUGUGCUUCAUUAAAUUUAUCCCUUUUAAAAAUUAUCCCUUACCCACCUAGUUGACUGAAUUGUUGUCAGGCUAAAUUUAAGAUUUAUUUUGCACUUCGAAGGAAUUUGAAAUAGGCCAAGUUCUAUUUUUGCAGUAGUGCUUUGUUGUCUGCCUUGGGCUUGAAUCCACUUUUUGGCUUCCUCAAAUACCUUCAAGGACACCACUUGACCUCGGGUAACAUAGUGAAACUGGUUCAGUAGCUAAUGCUAUUUUCUCUGCCCUAUCUCAGAAAGUAGACCCAAGAAAGCCGACGGCCUGGUCUAAAUAGUCCUCUUCUCUUUUCUUUCCUGAGGCAUUUGACCCAACCCCUUUGCAAGCCAAAACCUGUUGUUUUAUUGCAAUGUGGUACUAGCUAUGCUCUCUUGGGUUUUUCUUGAAUUCAGCUUUCACAGUGAGAUUGUAGGGGCAUUUGUGGGGGUGACACUCACCUGCAAUUCAGGUUUCAUUUGGGUUGAUAUGCUCUGCUGUGGUUGGUAAUGGGUUUUUUAAAAUAGAAUAUUAUUCCACUGUCUUUAUGGUUUUAACAUGUAACCUGCUCCGAGAGUUUGGGUUGAAGAGCAGCUAAAAAAUAAACAUUGCAGUAAUCAUCACCCAGAAAUUAAUUAUAUCUUGCCCCACCAUUUACAUAGGUUUCCAGUCUAAGUGCUGACCCAUACUGGGACCAGUUUAGCCUUAGCAAAUGCCAUUAAACAGUUUCCUGCGAUCUUUUAAUUACCUGCACUGUUUAAUUACCUGCACUGUUCUCACCCCGACUAUUCUACAAGGUUGACUUGUAUGAUGAUGUCAGCUAUCUGGGUAAUCUGCAUUUUCUGGUAAUUCCUGGGCAGAGUCUAGGUCGCAUUCCCGGAAAAUCUGCAUUUAGCCUGCUCUUGAGAUACCUCAGUAGGGACUAAAAGAAGCUAUUAUUGGCAAGAUCUCCCAGGAUCUAUGCUAUGUAGCAAUACAAGCUGAAUUUUACAAGUAGGAUGAAUAAUAGACUGUUCAGGCUGGAGAUCCACACAGAGCUGUUUUGGAGACAACAUUUUAUGAACAAGCCACAUACAGUGGUACCUUUGUUCCCAAACAGCUUGGCUCCCAAACAAAUCGGCUCCCAAACGCCGCAAACCCAGAAGUAAAUGUUCCGCAUUGUGGACGUUUUUUGGAAGCCGAACAUCCGACGUGGCUUCCGAUUGAGUACAGGAAGCUCCUGCAGCCAAUUGGAAGCUGCGCCUUGGUUUUCAAACGGUUCCAGGAGUCAAACAGACUCCCGGAACGGAUUAAGUUUGACAACCAAGGUACCACUGUAUCUCAGAAGGGAGGAUGUGAAAGGGAAAUCCAUGGCUGCCAGUAUGUUUUCCUUUUACCUACCCCAGAGUGAUGAGCAGAACGCAUCACUUGAUUACAUGCUGUGCACUUGAGUGCUGCCCAUCAAAAUGUUGCCAUUAAUGAAGCAGCCUGCUUAUUUAAUGGGAUACCAAGUCCAAGUGUUGGAAAGUGUGUAAACCUAAUUGCAUUUGUUUUCAUUUUAAAUCCACUUGCAAUACUUGCUCCUCUGCCUGCACAGUUUGCCAAAAUCAAGUCUGGAUUGGAUAAUCAGAAGCCUUCCUGUUUUAUAGCUCCCCGCUCCCUCCAUCUGGCUGAAUCAGAUCAGACAGCGUCAUGAUGGAGCAUUGAAAGGACAGUCCAUGUUUGCAGUAUACGCCUCCUGCUUCUGACCUGCAUGUGUGGCUUCCCAUUUUGCCACGUUCAGGUUCCUUCCUGCCCCCUUUUCGUUAUGCAGCCGAGCUCAUAACCCAUCUGCCUCUCCGACCAGUGAUGUAAAUGUACCAGCUGCUUCUGAGGAACCACUCUGAAGAGUGCAGGAGGCAGGUCUUUUCCCUGUGCAUCAGCCUGCUUUUUUUGCAGCAAUAAGUCACUGCCUCGCCUCGCACCAACCAUGCUCUGCUCUCCCUUAAACCCUCACAUCUAACCUCCAUCUGAGAAUCAGAUCAAGUAAUCCUCUUACAGGUGUAAAGGAGCAUCUCAUUACGGCCUUACCAAGGAACGAAAACGGCGUUCGCAGGAUGGAUCUCCCGAUUCCAAUGCCCCUUUAACUGUAGCCGCCUUUGGCCCUGAGCUCUCUGCUUCUGCCACCAUAGCCUUAAUGACAGAUGAGCCAGGCCUAAUCAAUCCAGCCUUUAGCACCACCUCAGAAGACAACCAGCCAGGAGCCACCUCUGCAGAUCUCCACAGAAGCAACCAAACUAGAACUCGACAUUUUGAACGUUCUUCUAUAAGGAGCAGGUCUUUUAAAAAAAUAAACAGAGCUUUUAGUGUUCUUCGGAGGACAAAAAGUGGGAGUGCCGUUGCUAACCAAGCUGAGAGGGAGAGUGGUGACCAUUUGGUUGCCUUGGGGGAAGUCUUCCCAAGGCUAUACCACCUCAUCCCAGAUGGUGAAAUUACCUGCAUUAAGAUCAGCCGCAGUGAUCCCAACGAAAGCCUUGCCAUUCGGAUUGUGGGAGGCAGCGAAACACCAUUGGUUCACAUCAUCAUACAGCACAUCUACCGAGAUGGAAUCAUUGCCAGGGAUGGAAGGUUGCUGCCAGGGGACAUGAUACUAAAGGUAAAUGGCAUAGACAUCAGAAAUGUGCCGCACAGCUACGCCUUGUCGGUCCUGAGGCAACCUUGCCAAGUCCUCCGGCUCACCGUACUCAGAGAGCAGAGGUACCGAUGCCGAAACAGUGGGCUUUCUCUGGACAUUCCCUGCAACAGGGACGACAGUUUUCAUGUGGUUCUGAACAAAAGCAGCCCGGAUGAGCAGCUGGGCAUCAAGCUGGUCCGCAAGGCUGAGGAAACUGGGGUGUUUGUUUUCAACUUGCUGGAAGGAGGCGUUGCUGCCCGCGAUGGGCAGCUUCAGGAGAAUGACAGGGUUUUGGCAAUUAACGGGCAUGAUCUUCGAUACGGAAGUCCAGAAAGUGCAGCCCAGCUGAUACAGGCUAGUCAGAAGCGUAUUCACUUCACUGUGUCUCGGCAAACCAGGCAACAGACUCCUGAUAUCUUGCAGGAGGCUGGAUGGGAUUACAAUGGUAGCCACCAGCUCUUCCCCCCUCUGAGGAACAAUCCUAACAAGACUGGCCUCCAUGCGGUCACCUGUCAUGAAAAGGUGGUGGUUGUCCGGAAAGACAAUGCGGAGUCGCUGGGGAUGACUGUGUCGGGUGGUGCCUUCUCCCACAGGGAAUGGGAUUUGCCUAUCUACGUUAUAAGUGUUGAACCAGGCGGAGUCAUCAGCAGAGAUGGCAGGAUCAAAACAGGUGAUAUUCUGCUCAAUGUGAAUGGAAUUGAUCUGACAGGUGUGAGCCGUGGGGAGGCUGUAGCCCUUUUGAAAAACAUCUCCUCGUCUGUUGUCCUCAAAGCAUUAGAAAUGAAAGAGUGCGAGACCUUGGAGGAGGGCGAUGACCUCUCAUUGCUUGAUGCCAGUUUGAACACGUCUAGCCAGAGCGAAUGGUCUCCUUCCUGGGUGAUGUGGCUCGAGGUCCCACGGUAUUUAUACAGCUGCAAAGAAAUUGUAUUACGAAGAAAUACAGCAGGAAGUCUUGGCUUCAGUAUCGUGGGGGGUUAUGAAGAACACAGUGGGAACAAGCCAUUCUUUAUCAAAUCCAUUGUUGGAGGGACACCAGCGUAUAAUGAUGGAAGAAUCAGGUGUGGUGACAUCCUCCUUGCAGUUAAUGGUAGGAGUAUCUCAGGUAUGGUGCAUGCAUGUUUGGCAAGAAUGCUCAAAGAACUGAAGGGGAAAAUUUCUCUCACCAUUGUGUCCUGGCCUGGCACUUUUUUAUAAAGAUGUGUUGCAACUGGAGAGUGAAAAAUUAUCUGACACAAAAAUCAGCCACUUAAUAUGGACAUUUGUUUACUCCACUUUCUGGUCAACUGUAUACUUGUAAAAGAAAACAUUGUGAAGUAUAAAUGUGCAUAACACAAACAGAAAGGUCUGAAGAAAAAAAUAAUGUGUGGUAUGUGUUAGAGAAACAUGCUUUAAAGUAUGGAAGUCUACUGAGAUUAAAAGUUAGGGUACACAUCUUUACUGCGCUAUGUCUCAUGUUUGUAUUUUUAUAUCUAUUCCAAGCAGCAGUAGAAACAUGUCCACCAACAGUUUAUAAACAAGGAAAAACACUUUGACCCGCAAUUUGAAAAUAUUCUGAACUCAUAACUGUUGCAAUACUUUUCUAUUAUGUUGACAGCAUCUAUUCAAGACAUAGAAAGCAGUCUGAUUGAAUACAUGAAAUCCCACUUUGUGAUCAGUAUGGAUCAGAUCUUUUUAAAUAUUGUUUCCCGGUAUGUAAUAACUGUGUAUGAAAUUUCAUUUUUACCAUUAAAAUAACUAAUUUGUAAAGCCAGGUUAUUUUCAUUUAAAAAAGCACAAAAAUGCAUUUCUUCCUAGUGGUUCUAAUUCGUGGCAUGAACCAUGUCAUCCGAGUGUUCUGCCUUAUUUUACUCGGUUUUGCUCACAAUCUUCUGUGAUGGUCAGUUCUGAAUCAACAUAAUAAUGAAAGGAAGGAAGGAAGAUGUAGCAAGCUACCAGCACAGGCAGAGAAGUAGUUGCCUGGUUUACCUGGAUCAAGUAGCUGAGGGGAAAACUAGUGGAGAUCAAAAAGAGCAGGAAAGCAUUAUAUACGAAGGUACUUAGUGCUGUACAGUAGUAGCCAAGACUCAAACUUACUUUAUAUUCUGUAUUCAAGGGUAACAGAGAACAGGUUUAUGUUGUAUGAAGAUCUGGCUGUUGGUACAGUCACUCUCUUUACUCUUUGGGGGAAAAAACUGCAUUACAUCUGCACACUGCACUUUGACGGAGCUUGUGUAACAGUGCACAACCUCACUAUUCAAGCACAAUUCUCUGCGUAUACCUUAUGUGUUACCUCCUUUUUUCUAGUU